UACUAUCAGCUGAAAUUCCCUUACCCAAACAAUACCAGGAAAACAAAAUCCAACUUUUUGGCAAUCGAAUUCCCGUUAUGGAAAAGCAAACCACCCAGCUCUCCAAAUCCCGCAACGUCUUCUUCGACGACGAUGACGACGAAUACGACGUCGAACCCCAGCUACUUCACUCCUCCAAUUUCCGCCCGAUUCCCACCAAACACCCUGGCGACAGAGGAGUUGGGGCUUCUUCGUACGGCGCUGCAUUGAUUGCAGAGAUCGAUAGGAAGAUAAAGGAACACACUGAGAAUGUUGUGUGCGUGGUGGGAGGAUUGAGCGCGCGGGUGUCGCAGCUGGAGAACAGAACGCGCCAGUUGGAGAACGCCGUUGGGGACUUGAAGGGUUCCGUUGAAUUUAACCAUGGAAGGGUUGAGGGGAAGAUUAGGGAGCUAGGGAAUGUUUUGGGGGAGGUUCGUGGUGGUAUUCAUGACCUGAGAGAUAACCACGAGAUAGCAGAGGCUAAGCUGCAGCUUGCUAAGCUUACACUGUCCAAAGUUAACCAAAGCAGUUCUACUCGGGUUGGUUCAGCUCAAGAAUUGUCAUCAUCUGUUCCCCAGCAAUCCCAGCUACAAGUUUCAGUUACUUGCCCACAACAGCUCUCUCCUCUCCCUUCUGGUGCUGCUCAAAACCUUCUUCAUCAGAAUAUCCAAUCAAGCCAUGAAGCAGCAACAGCUCCACAACUUCCAACCCAAUUACCUCCUGGUGCUUUCCCUUGUAUGCCGCACUCUGAAUCUAACUAUCCACUGCCUAUGCUGACUCCAGAUGCCACUUAUCAGCAAUACGUUGCACCAAUAGAUCAGCAGAUGCAGCAACCGAUUCCAGCACCAACUCAACCAUAUCAGCCACCACCUCAACUUUCACCAAUUCCACAGUUGCCUAAGCUACAACAACAGCAUCCACUUAUCAAUACAGUUAAUUCUCAUGCCAAUCUUCCGUUAGGCUAUCAACCCAAAGAUGUUCCUUGUUUGCCAUCUCAAAGUAUCCACAAAUCCUCUGUGCCACCUGCCAUGUCUCCAGCAGCACAUGAAUUUUUGGUGAGUUCUAAGCAGCAGAUUCAAGAUCAAUCCUCCAACAAUCCUUAUAAAGAGUUACCUUUUGGGUAUUCACAACCACAGAGGAUUCAUAAUUUGAACAAUCAAUAUCCUUAUGUUGCAUCUUCUUCCAGUUACAAUAGUUCAACCAUAAAACCCUCACAACUCUCGCCAUCUUCUGUAGUGGGUGCUGGAAACAGCUACUCACGAUUGCCAACUGCUAAGAUAUUACCAUAUGCGCUUCCAACUGCCUCUAGCGUGGAUAGUGGAUCAAAUUCUAGUGAAAGUGGAAACAGAAUACGAGUUGACGAUGUCAUUGACAAAGUUGUAGCAAUGGGUUUCCGUAGAGAUUUAGUGAGAGCAACAGUGAGGAAACUGACAGCAAAUGGGCAGUCAGUUGACCUUAAUGUGGUGCUGGAUAAAUUGAUGAACAGCCAGGAUGUAUGAUCUCAGACUGGUAGCGUUUGCAAGUGAAGUAGUAUGCUGGUUCCAGUGCUUGGUUUGAUUGUUCUGUAUAGAAGAUGAAAUUAUGUUCCUGUAUUUACACCAUUCCAUAUCAUUUGCACUGUAUAAUAUAAAUGUGAAUACUGCUUGAUUGCCUCAGCAGUUUCUUGCUUC